AUGCUGGUCGCCGCGCUGUGGCUGCUCGGCCUCGGCAAACCCCACCAAGCCGUCUGGACUGGAUCAGAAGCGGACGCCGACCACGGGUUUUCCGGCCUGCUCCGAUCGGAGGCUUCGGCCGGCGUGAAAGCCGGCGACUCGGACGCUGGGCAACUCCGGUAUCAGGCGGUCGGCGAUUUCCACGUGGCAGGUGCACCCAUGGAUGUGCAGCCUUGGCCACUCAUCCUUUCAAUUCAUGCCUUCGCUUAA